AUGGCGAGCCGGAUGAGGUUGGAGAGGGAGGAGGACGAGCUGGAGCCGCAGAGAGCGUUGGAAGUGGAAGAUGACUCAGACGACGAUUGGGAGGAGGAGCAGGAGGGGACUGCUGCUGCUACUGCACAAGAAUACCUCAGGAGGGUUCGGAGGGAGGCCAAGAGAAUGGGAGAUAUCAUAACAAGACCGCGAAUGCAGGAGCAGGGGAAAGAGCAAGAUACUCAUUAUGCACAAGGAGCUGUAGAGGUAACAGCGCAAGACGACUUUGCGUCAUGCAGGGAGGAACUCAUACCGUCCGUCCGCUGGGAGCGAGUCUACCUGCGCUACUUCACGCGGCUGCACGAGAUUGUGGAUGGGAAGAGGGAGGAGAGGAGGGGCACGGCAGGCUGGAAGCCGAUGCCUCCACUUGUAACGGCAGAGGAAGGUUGGGCAGCCAAGUGCCACGAGGAGGAGGGAGAGGAGCCUUCACUGAAGCAGAUGCUGUUCCUCGAUGCUCGAAGUCUGCUGAGGAUGCUGUGGGCCUUCUCUUCCUUCCUUGAGGGGGUGGAAGAGGAAGAGGCGAGGAGGCGCCUGCUGCGAGGGCGAGGAGGCGCCUGGCUGUUUGCCAUGCUGGUGUUUGUUGAGAAGCCCUGCGACGCUGACACGCUGGCGGCGCUAAGGAGCAUCGUGAAGACGUUGUGCAGGGUGAGGAGGGGGAUGAGGGGAGAGGAGGAAGAGGUCAGUGCAGUGAACGUGCUGGUGACCAUCAUCGGCACUUUCUACGGCCAGUUGCCUGUGAGACCCGAGGUAUACGAGGAGGAGGAGUGGGAGGAGGAGGAGUGGGAGGAGGAGGAGGAGGGAGAGAGAGAGAACACGGGGAAGGAGGAGGAGACAAAGUGA